CGGGGGUCACGUGACUCUCAACCGCCGUCUCCUCGGCCUCCUCUUUGCCCCUCCCAACGGGCAGCAAAGGGAGGAAAAAAAAAAAAAAGACGGGCCUAGAUUCACUUUCGAGCCUUGAAGAACCGCGACCGCCGUCGAACUGCUCCACACCGGCGAGGGGAACGAAAGCGACCACGGAAUCCGACCUUUUCCGCGAUGAGGCGCUGGAGGACAUGCGCGCCUCCAUCUUUUUUUUUUUUUUUUUUUACUCCUCCUCGCCUUCCUUUUUUUCUCCUCCUCCCCCUCCCUUUCCUUUUCCUCAGGAACCAGCCUCGGUGCGCCGUCACGUGACCCCGGCCGGCGAGACCACCUGACUCCGCCCCUGAGCCGCGCGUGCGCACCGCGGCCCUUCUUGGCCUUGCGCUUCGGAAAAGUGGGGGGGUAGGCGAAGAGAGAGAGAGAGGAAGGAAGCGCGACGGGCGGUCACGUGGGCCUGUUUCGCCCGGCAACAAGGAGGGCAAGCGCGACCCUGGCCUCGCGGCGGUCACGUGGGCCGGCGUCAAACGUCGCGGAGGAGGCCCGAUCCUUCCGCGCAGGCGCGCCUCCUCCCUUCGGCUCUUCCCUCCCCCCCCUCCUCUCCGCCUGAGGGAGGGCGCGAGCGGAGGGCGCGCGGGCCAAGAUGGCGGCGGCGAGUUAGAAAGCGGCGGACGGCGCGACGGCUGCUGAGGCGACGGCCGCGGGGAGGACGCAGCGGCGGCGGCGAGGGCGGAGGAAGAAGAAGAAGAAGAGGAGGAGGAAAGGCGGGAACGGCGACCGGGAGCCUCCUCGGCGGGGCCCUCCAGACGCGGCCAGAAAAUGGUGGAACCAGGACAAGAUCUUUUGCUUACAGCUUUAAGUGAAAGUGGAAUUAGCCCAAAUGACUUGUUUGAUAUCGAUUCUCCAGAUAUGGGUCUCACAACUCCAUCUCCAGCCAUUCAGCAGCAACCACCUUCCACCACAACCUUCGUCCUGAAUCAAAUCAACCAGCUGCCCACGCUGGGGACGACCCUCGUCAUGUCGAAAACAACCCCCGUGACCAGUACCAGACAGACCAUCACCGUAGCCAAAAUCAUACAGACCAGCACCACCACGCGGCCCUCGGUGACGCUGCCCGUGGCGCGCAACACCCUGACUACUCCCGUGCCCAAGGACCAGAUCCAGCUGAAAGACCUCCUCAAGAACAACAGUCUUAACGAACUGAUGAAACUGAAGCCUCCGCCCAACAUCGCUCCCCCGGUGGCCACCGCGGCGACCGAUAUGAGUAACGGUGCUGUUAAAAAGGAGACUUCAACUAAAGAGGUCACCAGGAUCUGGGUAAACGAUCUAAAAAUGAGAAGCUUCUCUCCUACCAUGAAAGUGCCCGUCACAAAAGAGGAAGAAGAACCGGAGGAAGAGGACGAAGAAGAAAUGGGCCACGCGGAGACCUACGCCGAAUAUAUGCCCAUAAAAUUAAAAACCGGCUUGCGCCAUCCUGAUCCGGUGGUGGAAACCAGUUCCCUCUCCAGCGUGACCCCUCCUGAAGUAUGGUACAAAUCCUCCAUUCCGGAAGAAAGCAUCGACAGUGGUUGGCUUUCAGCCUUGCAGCUCGAAGCAAUUACUUACGCAGCACAGCAACACGAGACAUUCCUACCAAACGGAGACCGAGCUGGCUUUUUGAUAGGCGACGGUGCCGGCGUAGGGAAAGGAAGGACCAUCGCCGGCAUCAUUUAUGAAAACUACCUCUUGGGUAGAAAAAGGGCGGUCUGGUUUAGCGUUUCAAACGACCUGAAAUACGAUGCCGAAAGGGACUUGAGAGAUAUUGGCGCCAAAAACAUUUUGGUCCAUUCAUUAAACAAGUUCAAAUACGGGAAAAUUUCUUCCAAGCACAAUGGAAGCGUGAAGAAGGGGGUUAUCUUUGCGACUUAUUCUUCACUUAUCGGGGAAAGUCAGUCUGGUGGAAAAUAUAAAACCAGGCUGAAGCAGCUUCUUCAUUGGUGCGGAGAUGACUUUGACGGAGUGAUCGUCUUUGACGAAUGCCACAAGGCUAAAAACCUUUGCCCAGUUGGCUCAUCAAAGCCAACUAAGACAGGCUUAGCUGUUCUGGAACUGCAGAACAAGCUUCCAAAGGCCAGGGUUAUUUAUGCUAGUGCCACAGGUGCUUCAGAGCCCCGGAACAUGGCAUAUAUGAACCGCCUUGGGAUCUGGGGGGAAGGGACUCCAUUUAGGGAAUUCAGCGACUUUAUCCAAGCAGUUGAAAGAAGAGGCGUGGGCGCCAUGGAAAUAGUUGCCAUGGAUAUGAAGCUAAGAGGAAUGUACAUAGCCAGGCAGCUGAGCUUCUCCGGGGUCACCUUCAAAAUAGACGAAGUUCAUCUUUCUCAGCACUACGUCAAAAUGUAUAAUAAAUCUGUGAAAAUGUGGGUAAGCGCCCGGGAGAAAUUCCAACAGGCCGCUGACCUCAUAGACGCUGAACAGCGCAUGAAGAAGUCCAUGUGGGGCCAGUUCUGGUCUGCUCACCAGAGAUUUUUUAAAUACCUCUGCAUUGCAUCCAAAGUCAAAAGAGUGGUUCAGCUGGCCCGGGAAGAGAUCAAGAAUGGCAAGUGCGUGGUCAUUGGGCUGCAGUCCACAGGAGAAGCACGGACCUUGGAAGCUUUGGAAGAAGGCGGCGGGGAACUGAAUGACUUUGUUUCCACAGCGAAGGGGGUGUUUCAAUCCCUCAUCGAGAAACAUUUCCCAGCUCCCGAUCGGAAGAAACUUUUCAGCUUGCUGGGAAUUGACCUCUCCCUCCAGAGUAACAACAGCUCUCCCCGGGACAGUCCUUGCAAGGAGGAUAAAGUAAAGAAACGCAAAGGAGAAGAAAUGACGAGGGAGGUCAAGAAAGCCCGUAAGACUGGCGGCCUGGCCGGGAGCAGUUCUGACGAAAGCUUCAGCGAAUCCGAGGCCUCUGAGAACGAAGAGAGCGACAACGAGAGUUCUCGCUUCUUAAGCUCGGGUGACGACGAUGACUUCAACCCCUUCAGAGACGAAUCUAGCGAAGACGACGAGGACGACCCUUGGCUGAUCCGGAAAGAACACAAGAAAAACAAAGAGAAGAAGAAGAAGAAGAGCAUAGACCCCGACUCCAUUCAGAGUGCCUUACUAGCAUCUGGCCUCGGAUCCAAACGGCCAAGUUCUCUCUCCUCCACAGCCGUAACCCCUCCUACGAAUAUCUCCGCACCCAGUAACACCCACACCAGCUACGUGACGAGCCAGGAUGCCGUGGAAAGGGCCCAGCAGAUGAAGAAAGAAUUGCUGGAUAAACUGGAGAAGCUCUCCGAAGACCUCCCUCCCAACACGCUGGAUGAACUCAUCGAUGAACUGGGAGGCCCCGAGAGCGUAGCCGAGAUGACAGGUCGCAAAGGAAGGGUCGUGAGCAACGACGACGGCAGCAUCUCCUACGAGUCGAGGUCGGAACUUGACGUCCCUGUGGAAAUCCUAAACAUCACCGAGAAGCAGAGAUUCAUGGCUGGAGAUAAGAACAUCGCCAUCAUCUCCGAAGCCGCCAGCUCAGGCAUCUCUCUGCAAGCAGACCGAAGGGCCAAAAACCAGAGGCGGAGGGUACAUAUGACCCUGGAGUUGCCAUGGAGUGCCGAUCGGGCAAUUCAGCAGUUUGGACGAACUCACCGGUCCAACCAAGUGACGGCCCCCGAGUACGUCUUCCUAAUUUCUGAAUUGGCAGGAGAACAAAGAUUUGCCUCCAUUGUUGCCAAGCGGCUGGAGAGCUUGGGAGCUCUCACCCACGGAGAUAGAAGAGCAACAGAAACCAGAGAUUUGAGUAGAUUCAACUUUGACAACAAGUAUGGCCGAAAUGCGUUGGAAAUAGUCAUGAAGUCCAUUGUGAAUUUGGAUUCCCCGCUAGUGUCUCCACCAGCAGAUUAUCCAGGAGAGUUUUUUAAAGAUGUUAGGCAAGGUUUGAUAGGUGUCGGCCUAAUCAAUGUUGAAGACCGGUCUGGAAUUCUUACUCUUGACAAAGAUUAUAACAAUAUUGGGAAAUUCCUGAAUCGGAUCCUGGGCAUGGAAGUCCACCAACAGAACGCGCUUUUCCAGUAUUUCUCAGACACGCUAAACGCAGUCAUCCACAAUGCCAAGAAGAACGGGAGAUACGACAUGGGCAUCUUAGAUUUGGGAUCGGGAGAUGAAAAAGUGAGGAAAGCAGACGCUAAAAAAUUUCUAACCCCAGGCUAUUCUACCUCUGGACAUGUUGAAUUGUACACCAUAAGCGUGGAGAGAGGCAUGUCUUGGGAGGAAGCCACUAAGCUUUGGAGUGAACAGCGCGGGCCAGAGGACGGGUUUUACUUAUCGCUUCAGAUACGAAACAGUAAGAAAACCGCCAUCCUCAUGAAAGAGGUGAACCCCAAAAAGAAGCUCUUCCUGGUUUAUAGGCCAAAUACCGGAAAACAGUUGAAACUGGAAACCUACUCUGAAAUCAAGAAAAAAUAUAAAAAAGUGUCCUCUGACGAUGCUGUGACUCACUGGGUAGAACAGUACACCUCAUCGGCGGACACAUGCACACAUGCUUACUGGAGGGGCAACUGCAAAAAGGCGGGCCUGGGUCUCGUCUGCGAGGUCGGCCUGCGCUGCCGGACCUAUUACGUCCUCUGCGGUUCUGUCCUGAGCGUUUGGACGAAAGUGGAAGGGGUCCUUGCCUCCGUGAGCGGCACAAAUGUCAAAAUGCAGAUUGUUCGCCUGCGGACCGAGGACGGCCAGAGAAUUGUAGGCUUGAUCAUUCCAGCAAACUGCGUGUCUCCCCUCGUCAACCUCCUGUCGACGUCCGAUCAGUCACAACAGCUGGCCGUCCAGCAGCAACAGCUCUGGCAACAGCACCAUCCGCAGAGCAUCGCCCACUUCAACAACGCAUGAGAACAGAUUCUCUCCCCUCUCCCCCCCAUGGUGGUGUUUCGGCUCGACCGCCCCCCCCCCCUCCCAAGCGUUGCGCUUUCGAAUUUUCGUUUCCUUUUUGGGGCUCCUCCUCCCCGUUUAUUUUUAUUUUUUUAACCCCCCUUUUUUUCUUGGUUUGAAUGAUCAGGGACAGAUUCCAAAGAAAACCCCUUUGAGUUCCGUCGUGUGCUGGUUUUUAACUCCGCGGAAGGGACGUAUAGCGGCAAGACGAGAGAUCCAGCGGGAAGCUCCAGCUUUGCUUUACGGCGGUCACCUCCUCAUCCUUUUUAUUUUAAAUUCCUCCAGGAAUUUACAAACAUCUACCCACCCAUCCUUCUACUUUAAGCGACAGGCUCGACAAGAUUUCCUGAACCUGCUUGUCCCUUCCUUCCACUCGCUCUUUUUUUGACGCUCAGGGUUGGACCACGGGGGCCAUGCUGUGGGAGACGUCCUGCUUGGAAACUGUAUAUAUAUGUAUGUGUAGAUAUAUAUAUAUAUAUAUAUAUAUAUAUAUAUAAAUAUUGGCCGCAACAGAGGUCCCAAAUUAUAUUAAAGAAAUACAUUUUAUUUAAAGAAGCAGCAUGAAAGCCUAGGUAUUCGCAACCUGCAUUGAGAGAAAAGGACUGUCUCAUCCAUAGAAUUGCAUUUCGAUAUAUUUCCCUCCUCCUCCCCCUUUUCUUCUCUCCCCUCCCCACCCCUUCGAAAGGCCUCUGCCCUGGAUAUAUUUUUUUUCUCCUCCCUCCCUCCUCUCGCAUUCCUUCUUUUCCUUUUUUUUGGGACUUUGCAUAUCUGUGUGUACAAAUGAAACCAUCUUCGUUUUUUUUAAAAAAGGAAAUUGCUUUUUAAAAAAAAGGUUAAUGGUAUUCCUAGUGCAAGAUGAUUUUGAAAAGAAGGGCCUCCUUUCCCCCCCUUUCUCUCCCCAAAGUUUCCUUUAUUUUUUUCAGGAAACUAACGUGCAAACUUUUAUUCCCCCCCCCCAAUUCCCACCGCAGUCCCCUUCUUACAGUUUUUUUUUGGGGGGGGUGGUUUUUGUUGUUAAAUAUACUUUACUUGAGCUGUAGACUAGAUGAGGAGGAGGCAGCCCGACCGUAAGAGUUUUUCUUUUUAAAAUUUUUUAUUUUAUUUUCUGUUGCUCCCCCCCCCCCCAAUAACUUAAAUACUUCCUGUUUUACGUCUGUAAGACAUUGUAGAGUUGAUCCUGGAACUGUUUAAAAAAAAAAACCUGUAUAUGUACAAAAUGUGAAUAGUCACUUAUCUAAGAAUAUGGGUAAGUUCUUUCUUUUUUUUUUUUUUUUUUUUUUGGUUUUGUUUUUGCCUAUAAUAGUAGAUGUUUAUAAGUGAAGGACAAUGUUUGUCAUAUUUCUUGCUCGCACAGGUUGCACUAUGAAACAAUUUUGAGAUUGUAUAAACCUGUCCACCACCCCCCUCCCGCUCCGCCCUGCAAGGUACCCCCCCCCCCCGGGGUUCUUGCGGGUUAUCGAAAUUAAAGAGAAAAAAAAAGGACAAAAAAAGAGGAAAAAAAACCAUUACUACUGUUCUAACCAGCUUUUUUUGGAGUCUUGUGUUUGGUUGAGGGCGACCCCGCGGGAUCCUCGUAAGAAUAAUCCGCCGAGCGGUUUUUGCCAGGGCAAUCGAGCCCCUUUCCCGCCCCCCUGUGGGGAGGGUCCCCGUUGAGACUGCGUGAUCUACCCCACUGUUCCUGCCUUUUGCCCCCACCCCCUUCUUUCUACUCUGCCUUUGCGUGUUGCCAGUCGUGAGCAAUGUUUAAGCAUCCGUUCCUCGUAUCCAAAGGGGAUUU